CAUGAAUCCAUUCUAAUAGAUUCCCAAUAUAGCAUAACUUUAAUAUUAUCCCUAAUUACAAUCAUUGUUAUAACUUCAAUAGCUACAAGUAAAUAUCUUAUACUUAACCCUAGUAUUUACAAUUACUAUGUACACCAUAAAAUAAUCUUAUCAAUCAACAAAACCUAUAGUUUCCAUAAAUACCAUCAUUCAAUCCUCUAUAAUAAAUAUCUCUUCUUUCUUAAUCAUCUCAAAGAACAAUACCGAUAGUAUAAUAACCUGAUUUACGAACAAAGAAAAGCCAAUCAGAAAGAGUUUUACCAAAAUAAAAGAAGGAGAAUGAAAUACUGAAACAAUUUACUUAGGAUGAAAUACUGUAGGAACUCAAAUAAUUACUAGAAUAUCUCUGUAAGGAAGAAAUUAAGGAAUUAGAGGAGAAUGAGAAAAUUAAAUAUAAAGUAUAUAAAAAUUUUGAUAAAAAAUAUUUAGAUAUUGACUAAAAUAGAUGAUGGAUUAAUAGAAUCACUCAUUCAUAGAUAUCACAAUCAAAAAAAGACUAAAGAAGAAUAAAUAAAAUUUAUUCUCAGAAAAUGCUUUAAAUUUUUGAAAUAAAAAAUGAACUUAAAUGAAUUGACAAUGAGUGCAUAUGAAAUAGAGAAAGUUUUUUAUAAAGAAUAUUUUUCCUCUGAUGAAAACAUUGAAGAAUUAAUUCCCUUUAGAUCAGAGUCUUCCAACAAAACUAUGAAUACUUCUUAUUUAAAGAAAAUUUUUUCUUCUGAAAAAUUUUAUGAGGGAUACCUUUCUUAUCUUUGUAAAAUUUUAAAAUUAAUUAUAUAGAACAAUUUGAUGAAAUAUGGGAUUAAGAAAAUAAUGAAAAAAUUUAGAAUAUGGCAAAAUAAGUAUUAAAAUUUAUAGCUUCUGGUUAAAUUGAUGUAUAUAUUUUGAAUUGAUUUCUUUUUAGAAAAUAUCAACUUACAAAAGAGUUCCUUGGAUUUUAUCAAUGAAAUAACGUUGUUAUGAAUUGGCUGUUUCGUUUAAAGCAUACCAUGAAUAAGAGGAAAUCUGUAAAAAGGUAAAAUAAGAAUGA